GGCGGCGGUUGCCAUGGCGAGGGCGGUGCUGGUGGCCCUGGGGCUCUGGUGGGGCCUGGGCCCCGCCGCGGCCGCCGCGCCCCCCAACAUCCUCCUCCUGCUCAUGGACGACAUGGGUUGGGGUGAUUUGGGAGCUUUUGGAGAGCCUUCUAAGGAAACUCCUAACUUGGACCAGAUGGCUUCAGAAGGGUUGCUCUUCCUGGAUUUUUAUACUGCCAACCCCCUCUGUUCUCCUUCAAGGGCAGCCCUGCUGACUGGCCGACUCCCAGUGAGGAAUGGUUUUUACACCACGAAUGCACAUGCCAGGAAUGCAUACACACCCCAGGAUAUCGUAGGAGGAAUCCCAGAUUCUGAAGUGCUGCUCCCAGAGUUGCUGAAGAAAGCUGGCUACAUCAACAAGAUCAUUGGCAAAUGGCAUCUGGGUCACAGGCCCCAGUUCCACCCCCUGAAGCACGGGUUUGACGAGUGGUUUGGAUCCCCAAACUGCCAUUUUGGACCUUUUGAUAACAGAGCCCUCCCCAAUAUCCCUGUGUACAGGGACUGGGAGAUGAUUGGCAGAUACUACGAAGAUUUCAAAAUAGAUCUGAAGACAGGUGAAGCCAACUUGACUCAGAUCUACCUGCAGGAAGCUCUCGAUUUUAUUAGCAGGCAGCAGGCCAGCCAGCAGCCCUUCUUUUUAUACUGGGCAAUUGAUGCUACCCACGCUCCUGUUUAUGCCUCCAAACAUUUCCUGGGCACUAGUCAGAGAGGACUCUAUGGAGAUGCCGUGCGGGAAAUCGAUGACAGCGUUGGAAAAAUCCUAAGCCACCUGCAGCAGCUGGGGAUCAGUGAGAACACUUUUGUAUUUUUCACCUCUGAUAAUGGGGCUGCUCUCAUUUCUGCUCCUCAACAAGGAGGAAGCAAUGGUCGUUUUCUGUGUGGCAAACAAACCACUUUUGAAGGUGGGAUGAGAGAACCAGCUAUCGCUUGGUGGCCUGGACACAUCCCUGCAGGACAGGUUAGCCAUCAGCUGGGCAACGUGAUGGAUCUCUUCAGCACCAGCCUCUCCCUGGCGGGGCUGGAGCCUCCCGCCGACAGACAGAUUGAUGGCAUCGACCUUUUACCUGCCAUGGUGCUGGGCAAGCUAAUUGACAGGCCCAUAUUCUAUUAUCGUGGCAACGAGAUGAUGGCAGUGAGAGUCGGGCUUUACAAGGCUCAUUACUGGACCUGGAGCAACUCCUGGGAGGAGUACAGCAAGGGUGUUGACUUCUGUCCUGGGCAGAAUGUUUCUGGAGUGACAACCCAUACUCAGGAGGAGCACACUAACCUGCCACUGCUUUUCCACCUGGGGAGGGACCCUGGAGAGAAGUACCCACUAAGCUUUGCCAGUGAUGAAUACCAAAGGGUUAUGGAGCGAGUAUCUGCUGUUGUCCAGCAGCACAAGGUGACCAUGGUGCCAGGGGAGCCGCAGCUCAACGUGUGCGACAAGGCUGUCAUGAAUUGGUCUCCUCCAGGCUGUGAGAAGCUGGGGAAGUGCCUGACUCCACCCAAGUCUGAUCCAAAAAAGUGCAUUUGGCCUCACUGAUCUUCUCUGCAGCCCUCCAGCACUACCCAGAAAAGCUAUCCCCGACUGGACAUGUAGUUUACAGUGCAUGUCUCCUCAUGUUGGCACUCCUGUUUAGGCAGGCAGGGUGUGAUGUAUGGAUGAUAUCAUUGUUUGCUCUUCCAGAAGGGCCAGUGUUUAUGUUGCUGGCUCUCAGGGGCUAGCCUGGCCUCCUCUGUUGUUUCCGUAAAUGGUAACUUUUCAGUGAAGACUGUUUCAAUUGGAAAAGCUCUCUGGACAGCCACAGGUCUGCCACCACCUCAGGAAUGCUGUGGAUGUACCAUUCUUGGUGCUCCUUCCACCCAACCUGCUCUUUCCAAUCAUUGCUCAUUCGGAUGCCCCAACAGCAGCCAUGGGGAAGUGUUCAGGAAACCUACAGCAGCCAGAAAACCCUGCCCAAACUGCCCUUGUUUUGUUUGCCUGUAACUUGUUGUUUUAACAUUUGAUUUCCAUUGUGAACCCUUUGGACACCAGCUUGUUUUUUCCUUUCUUCCUAAACUUACAAGCACUGGGUGCAGUUGGACAGCCCAGGCUGCUGUGCAUCUCUGGGGACAAACAGGUGCUCCCUCCUGUUCCUGACGAAGGGGCUGGGUGCAGGGAGCAGAACACUCUUGCCUUCCAUCUCUAGCUGCAAACAUUCCCUAGGUAAUGGUAUAAAGAAACCUGAGGAUCGUGUUCAUCUGUUACCUUCCUGGUGGUCUGCAGGAUGUUCUCAGGGGGCUGGGGGUCGGUUGCUCAUUUAAAAGGUUUCCUUCAUUUCCAAAAACCUGGGUCCAAAUAUGGUUUAAGUCACGCUUGUAGUCUCAUGAUCUGGGCCCAGCCAACCCCAGGCUCAGAAGUGCCCGUUUACAUCAGCUGUUGACUCUUGACCCUGUUUCCAGUGCACUCUCUCCUAGGAAUUCCUGUGCAAAUUUCCCCAAGCCCGGGUGCAGCACUCAGAGCUCACAGCAAACGCGGAUCCUUCGCACGCUUGGACACUGCAGAUUUCUCCUCUGCUUUGCAGCCUGUUUCACACCCUUUUUUAGCUAUUGCUAAUAAAAGUGUCUGGAACAAAACAGAGCAAGGUUACUCUGGGGCUUCAGGGGAGAAGCAGGAAGCAACCCUGAACGUGCUGUUGGCACCACCAGCAGCCCCACGUCCACCCCUCUAGUGUGUUCUAAGUGCACACGCCCUCUCCACGUGGUGUUGUGCUGCCUUGGGGAAAAUCGAGGUGCUCUGUACCUGUAAACAGCCCUCCUUCCUUCCCAAGCAAAGCUUGGGGCUGGCUUGAGAGCUCUGCUUCUAUCUAACUACUACAGGCUUCUCAGCUGCUUGUCCUUACUCUCCUGUUACCCCACACGCUCUCAUCCUCUCCACUGCCAUGAUUUAUGCUACCUGUACUCUCCCCACAGUCAUUCCCAGUGUGUAUCUCAUGAAGCUGGAUAAUCCUAGAAGAUUGCAAUAAGAACAGCUCUUGAGUUGGCUCUCACUGUUCCACCUCUCAGAAAUCCCAGCCAACAUUUCCUCAGCUGUGCAUCUGCAAAUGGCAUUUGUCUCCAGUCCAAAUUUCUUAGCUGCCUUAUGAUGCUCCUAAUUGUCUGUCCAGCCUAUCAAGGCAUUUCCAGUUCGCCCAUAACAUUUCUCCUUGUUCUGACACAGUGUGGGUAGCUCGAGCCUUGAGAGGUGCUGAUCAGCCUGUUCUUCAGUGGUGCUGUAUGAGGACUGGUAGGAGGACCUGCAGCAGUCGUGUGCAUCUGCCAGCACAGGAGACCAGACAAAACCAGUCACUUCCCGUUUUCUGGGUCUGGUCCACCUUUGCCUUAGUGCUUCUCUCUCUCAGAAUUGUUCCGAGCCCUGCAGCUCACUAUUAUCAGCAGAGAAAGAUCCCACCAGAGGAGGGAGUCCUCAGCUGCAACUCCCUGAAAGUCCUCCUCAGCCCUCCCAGGGUUCUGACCAGAUCUGCUGCAAACAUUAGGAAGAGAUCCCACCACAGGGUCACAGCUCAGCAGCUGGGCAUCAGCCCAGACAUGUUUCUCAGUCUGCAGCAUUUGCAGUGUGCACAUCAGGAGCAUCCCAGGUGCCUGCUGCUCCCUGUCCCCUGCCUGCCUGGCUGACACUUGGGUCUUUUUCACAGCUUGCAGUUCCAAGGAUACCACUUUCCCCGUCUGUGUGACUUGCUUGGACAAGCCAUCCUGUUCUCAGCACACACAGUGUUUGGUUUCCCAGCACCCAAACUCCUCAUUCCUCAUUGCAAUAACCUCUCAGAGUGUGGAGACUGGAUGUAAACUCUGCACUUGAAAACUGGCUGCUAAAAGGGAAUUGACUUGAUGCCUGUUUAUUAUCUGCUUCAUGUCCAUUUAUUAUAAGAGAUCAAAGCUUAACAUGAAGCAGCUACUCUUUUAAAUGUAAGUAAGAAGUUUUACAGCUGGAUAGCUAGGAAGAAUUUUAAAUCAAUGCCUUUCCCAAAGAUGUACAGAUUUUAAAGCCGUGAGAUGAAGAACUAAUGAAGAAAAAUAAAAUAAUUUAUCAGAAAUA